AUGGAGGCGCCGCCGCCGCUGACGGCGGGCGCGGUGAUGGAGAUAUGGGAGCUCCCGAACGGGCCGGCGACGUUCCAGCCGGUGCUGCAGGUCGCGGACCUGCGCCCCGUCAUCGCCAAGAACACGACCGCGGCGGCGGCGGCGGCGCAGCACUCGGAGCGGUUCCGCAUGCUGCUCUCCGACGGCGUCCACUCCCAGCAGUCCAUGCUCGGCACCGGCCUCAACGACCUCAUAAAGGACGGAACCCUCCGCGUCGGCUCCAUCGUCCACCUCACGGACAUGACGUGCAACACCAUCCAGAAACGCAGGAUCGUUAUUGUUGUCAAACUUGAAGUUCUCCAAAGUGAGUGCCCCAAAAUUGGGACACCAAAGACUUAUGAGAAAAGCUUACCUGAGGGACAGGAGCCUAACUUACCGGCCAAUGCUGCUCAAACAAACAGUGGAAACUAUUCUGGUGGCCCAGGCAUGCUGGGGUCUGCAGUUGCUCCAAGGGUGGAACAGAUUGGUAACAAUCUGUCAUAUGGUAGACCCAACAACGGUGGCCCAGGCGUGGACUCUUCAAUUUGUCAGUCUGUUCAACCUGGUGCUAACAAUGUGUUGUCUGGUGGAACUUAUGGUACAAUGUCAGCACAGAACACAAUGAAUGCCAAUGUGGUGCAGCCAAACUCUCAUCAAAACCAAAGUUUUGUGGUUCCUGGCACAGGUGGGGGCUUUGGGCCUCCUCGCAAUAUAUAUGGGCGCCCUGCACAGUCUUCAUAUCAGCAGCCACCUCCACCCCAUAGAAAUAGUGGCCCAGUUGCUAAAAAUGAAGCUGCUUCUCGUGUUAUUCCAAUUUCUGCACUGAACCCAUACCAACGUACAUGGACAAUAAAGGCUAGGGUGACUGCGAAGGCUCAUGUCAAGAACUUCAAUAAUGCAAGAGGUCCAGGAAAAGUCUUCUCCUUUGAUCUCCUUGAUGCAAAUGGUGGAGAAAUUCGUGCAACAUGCUUUGGCGCGGCAGUUGAUCAGUUCUAUGACUUAAUUGAGGUUGAUAAGGUGUACUUGGUAUCUAGGGGAUCGCUAAAACCCGCAAACAAGAGGUUUAGCCCUUUAAACAAUGACUAUGAAAUAAACCUUGAGCCUUCAUCAUCUAUAGAAGUUUGUUCUGGUGAUGAUAGCAGCAUCCCUAAGCAGCAGUUCAAUUUUCGGCAGAUCAGCGAAAUUGCAAACAUGGAUAAAGAUACCACAGUAGACUUGCUUGGGGUUGUUACUUCAGUUAGGCCUUCUUUUACAGUAAUGCUUAAGAAUGGCGGGGAAACCCAGAAAAGAGUCCUUCAACUGAAGGACAUGUCUGGUUGCAGUGUGGAAAUGACCUUUUGGGGUAACUUCUGUGAUGCUGAAGGUCAGCAGCUGCAGUCGCUGUGCGAUUCUGGUUUGAAUCCUAUACUUGCGCUGAAAUCUGGUCGAGUUGGUGAAUUCAACGGCAAAACAGUGGGUACAACUAGCUCAAGUUUGUUAAAAAUAAAUCCGGAUUUCCCUGAAGCUGAAAGGCUGAGGCAGUGGUACAUAACUGAAGGAAAAAUUGCUGCCUGCACUUCUUUAUCUGGGGAAAUGUCAAGCAUGGGCAGGACUGAUAUCCGGAAAAAAACUGCACAGAUCAAGGAUGAACGCAUGGGGCAAUCAGAAAAGCCUGAUUGGAUCACCGUUCAAGGUGCAAUUUCACAAAUCUACACUGAUAAUUUUUGUUACCCAGCAUGCACCAGGGAGGUUAAUGGUAAAAGCUGCAACAAAAAGGUAACAAAUAAUGGUGAUGGGAUGUGGCUAUGUGAGAAAUGCGAUCAGAGCUCUGAAACGUGUGAGUAUAGAUACCUGCUGUCAUGCCAUAUCCAGGAUCAUACUGGGUCCACCCAUGCAACUUCAUUCCAAGAGGCUGGCCAGGAGAUUAUCGGCCUCUCAGCACAAGAUCUUUUCAGGAUAAAGCAUGAAGAGCAAGAUGAUGUACGGUUUGCAGAAAUCAUACAGCAGGUCCGAUUUCAGCAAUACCUAUUCAAGCUGAAAGUCAAGGAAGAAGUCUAUAAUGAUGAGCUGCGUGUGAAGUGCAACAUUGUUAAGGCUGAAAGAUACGACCCAGUGAAAGAGAGUCGUUUUUUUCUGGGGGCCAUUGAUAGCCUUUUGGCGGAGGACGCUUCAGGCUCUUCUCCUGGGCUGAAUGGUGGUCCUGCUGUUAAUGCUGGCUUCGCCAACUCAGAAGCUGGACAGAGUGUGCCAGCUUCCAACAAUUCCUAUGCCGUGAAUAUGGGUGGCCCAAAUCAGUUUGGGCAGCAAUUCAGCGCAUCUCGCGGGAUGCCGACUGCACCAUCAGCGACACCAGCAGCAGGUAGCGGCUUCGCGGUUAAUUCCUAUGGUCCUUCAGCUGCCAAUGCCAGCUCAGGCUUGUGCUUCAAAUGUAACCAGCCUGGGCACUUUUCAAGAGACUGUCCAGGGCAGGCUGCCUCCUACAGUUCUUCGGUUGGCGGCAACGCCAACUCUGGUCUGUGCUUCAAAUGUAAUCAGCCUGGGCACUUCGCGAGAGACUGUCCGGCACAGGCUGCUGGCCACCAGCACCAGACGUAUGCGAAUGGCGCCGCAUCAGGAGGAUACAACAGGCAAUCCUAUGUUGGUAGUUAA